UGCGCUCACAGUUUGUUUACGGAUACGGACGCGCAGAGAUGUCAGGGAUCGCGGCAACACUCCAGCAGAACCGGGCGCGCGCGGCGGGUAUCGGCACCAACGCUCAAGCGGCGAAGUUCCUCAAUCAGGACUAUGAAGCGUUGAAGCGCGAGUGUCUGGGAUGCGGUCGAUUAUUCGAGGACGACACUUAUGAAGCCAAUCCAUCCGCGCUCGGCUUCAACGAACUGGGACCAAAUUCAUCUAAAGUGCGCGGUCUGAAAUGGCUGCGACCCAAGGAUCUGACGUCCAGUCCAACAUUCAUAAGUGGAGGUGCGAGCAGAACAGACAUCUGUCAGGGUGCUCUGGGUGACUGUUGGCUUCUAGCUGCCAUUGCUUCUUUAACCCUGAACCAGGACGUGUUUGCCCGUGUGGUGCCACCUGGUCAGAGUUUCGAUGAGGAAUAUGCUGGAAUAUUUCACUUCCAGUUCUGGCAGUUUGGCGAUUGGGUGGAUGUUGUCAUCGAUGACCGUCUGCCUACCAGGAAUGGAGAGCUGCUGUUUGUUCACUCGGCUGAGGGUUCAGAGUUCUGGAGCGCCCUGCUGGAGAAAGCUUACGCAAAGCUGAAUGGCUGUUAUGAAGCUCUGUCUGGCGGAUCCACUACUGAGGGUUUUGAGGAUUUUACUGGAGGCAUCGCUGAAGUCCACGAAUUGUCAAAAGCGAGUCCAAACCUCUUCAAAGUCAUCCAGAAAGCUCUAAGCUGGGGCUCGCUGCUUGGCUGCUCGAUAGAUAUCACAAGCUCUUCUGACUCAGAAGCCGUAACCGGACAGAAGUUAGUUAAAGGACACGCCUACUCCCUUACAGGAGCUGAAGAGGUGGAGUAUAGCGGUGAACCAACCAAACUGAUUCGAAUUAGGAAUCCCUGGGGACAGGUGGAAUGGACUGGCCCGUGGAGUGAUGGGUCGUCAGAAUGGAAUCAGGUCAGCGAUGGUGACCGAGGGAAAUUGUGCUGUAAGGCAGAAGAUGGAGAGUUCUGGAUGUCUUUCUCUGACUUCCUGCAUCAUUACUCACGGGUGGAGAUCUGUAACCUGACGCCUGAUGCUCUGUCAGAUGAAAGCGUUAAUAAAUGGUCGCUUUCUAAGUUUGACGGCAACUGGAGAAAAGGAUCCACAGCCGGUGGCUGCAGAAACUUUCCAAACUCGUUCUGGAUGAACCCUCAGUUUUUGGUCAAGCUGCAGGAAGAGGACGACGACCCGACUGAUACAGAGACGGGAUGCAGCUUCGUUGUUGGUCUGGUCCAGAAGAACCGCCGUAAAAUGAGAAAGAUGGGAGAAGACAUGCACACGAUUGGUUACGCCAUCUAUGAGGUGCCUGAUGAGUUUGUCGGCCAGAGGAACGUCCAUCUGGAUCGAAACUUCUUCGUGAGGAACGCUGCAUCGGCCCGCUCCGAGACCUUCGUCAACUUGCGAGAGGUGUGCUCUCGAUUCUGUCUGCCCCCUGGAGAGUACAUCAUCGUGCCCUCCACCUUCGAACCCAAUAUGGAUGGAGACUUCUGUGUUCGCGUGUUCUCUGAGAAACAGGCAGAGUUUCAAGAGCUUGAUGACCCUGUCGAUUACAAGGGUUCAGAGAUCGAAAUCACUGAGGCUGACAUUGAUGGUCGGUUUAAAAACCUCUUCGGACAACUGGCAGGGACAGACAGUGAAAUUUCUGCCUUUGAGCUGAAAACUAUCCUGAACAGGGUUAUAACUAAACGUAAGGACAUCAAAACAGAUGGAUUUAGUUUGGAUACUUGUCGCAACAUGGUGAAUUUGCUGGAUAAAGACGGCACUGGAAAACUGGGCCUGUUGGAAUUUAAGAUCAUCUGGACUAAAAUCGAAAUGUACCUGGACAUCUUCUGUAAAAAUGACAAGGAUCAAUCAGGCACAAUGAGCUCGAUGGAGUUAAGAGAAGCUUUAGAGAAAGCCGGUUUCUCAUUAAACAAUGCUUUACACCAGGUAAUGGUAGCUCGCUACAGCGAACCCAAUCUCACCGUCGACUUUGACAACUUUGUGAGCUGUAUAAUCCGUCUGGAAGCCAUGUUUAAGAUCUUUCAAUCACUGGAUAAGAACAAAACAGGAACAGUAGAGCUCAACAUGUUGGAGUGGCUGACUAUGUCCAUGCUAUAAAGACGGAGAUCAGAUUCUGGCUGAGAUCUGUAAUGGUUCCCCUUCACAAUGCAAUGACAUGUAGCCAUUAAAAAAAUGCAACAUUUGAAGAUUUUUAUCCCUGAAUCACUUGAUCACCAUCAUAAAUGUUUAAAGGAACUAGGGUGCUACAAACAUUAAUGUAAUAGACUAUGAUCUUGAUCUUGGAUUCAUAGUGUGGUGGUUUAUUAUGCAAAUUAUAAUGGGAAAGAUGGGUGACUGACAUUGUUGAGAGAAAUGUCAACUUUUUUUAGAGUUAAUAAUAGUUAUUAAUUGAACGUUGGAAACUUUAAUGGUGACUGCUCUUUGAAUCUAGAGAUUUAUGCUUAUUUAACAUGCUCUACAACAAACACAAAUCUGUUGUGUGUUUCUAGGUUAAGGUUUUAUAAAUUAGUAUUUUUUAUUAUAUAUAACAUAAAUAAUUAAUGUGCAUUAAUGUUAACCUCGCCCUCUGGUAAAGAUUAUUAAAAUAAAAAAAUAAUCCUGUG